AUGAACCACGGCUGGACGGAGCACAAGUCGCCCGACGGGCGCACCUACUACUAUCACAAGGAGCGCGGCGUCUCGGCCUGGGAGAAGCCGCCCGAGAUGAUGAACGCUGCGCAGCUCUCGGCGGCGGCCAUUAGCACGUCCGCGUGGAAAGAGUACACCGCGGCGUCGGGCAAGAAGUACUAUUUCAACAGCGCGACGCGCACCACCCAGUGGUCGAUGCCU